AAGGUUGGACCAAACCGUAGUAAAAGGAUGAGUGUUAGGAGGUCAAAUGUAAGAACGAAAAACUCAAGGGGUGUAAACUGUAGUUAAAAAACAAUAAGACAGCUAGUUCUAAUCUUGUGUACCCUUACCAAAAACCACCCGUAGACUUUCCAGUAUUUCUCAAAACUCCCAACAACUCUUCCUAAAUCCCUCUACUUUCCUAUACGUACGUACAGAGAAGAAAUGGCGAUACUGUAUGCGCUUGUAGCGAGAAGCACAACGGUGCUGGCGGAGUUCAGUGCCGUCACGGGGAACACCGGUGCGGUGGCGCGGCGUAUAUUGGAGAAGCUUCCAGAUGAAACCGAAUCGAGGCUUUGUUUCUCUCAGGAUCGAUACAUCUUCCAUAUACUCCGAUCACAAGGAAUUGCUUUCCUUUGUAUGGCUAAUGAUACCUUUGGAAGGAGGAUUCCAUUCUCAUACUUGGAGGAUAUUCAGAUGAGGUUCAUGAAGAACUAUGGCAAGGUGGCUUCUUAUGCUCCUGCUUAUGCCAUGAAUGAUGAAUUCUCAAGGGUCUUACAUCAGCAAAUGGAGUUCUUUUCAAGUAAUCCAAGUGUAGAUACACUAAAUCGUGUCAGAGGAGAAGUUGGUGAGAUACGCACCAUCAUGGUUGAUAAUAUUGAGAAGAUACUUGAAAGAGGGGAUCGGAUUGAGCUACUCGUUGACAAAACAGGAACAAUGCAAGACAAUGCAUUUCACUUCAGGAAACAGUCGAAGCGCCUUAGGAGAGCUCUUUGGAUGAAAAACGCGAAGCUCCUGGGUUUGUUAACAUGCUUGAUUGUGCUCUUCCUUUACUUGAUAAUUGCUGCUUGUUGUGGGGGCAUCACUCUACCUUCCUGCAGAUCAUGAAUUUUCUGACAAGGAACACAGUGAAAGGUUAUUGUAUAACUAAUCCAGUGGAUUCUCAUUCUGGCACCUUUAAAAGUACAUGUUCAGAAAAGAAUGAUAAGGUUUGUAUUGUUGUUGACGAGGCUCUGUGCCUUUUCAAAUUUGUAAAUGUUCUGGUGGACUCCUAAACUGCCCUAAAGCUGGUAUUGGUCUUCCAUAUUAUGUAUGUUAUAGAGAAGUUCAGAACUUACAUAAGUGCCUGUUUGUAAAUAUAAGGCCGUGUUGUGACUUA